AUGUCAUCGACGCGUCCGUAUUCGUCGCGGUCAUUUCCCGCCCUAUUCGUCCGCGGCGGGACGUCCAACGGCCUCGUCAUCCACAGACACAACCUCCCACCAGAGAAUGAAUGGCACAAAGUACUGCCCGCCGCCAUGGGCUCGCCGGACCCCUACGGCCGCCAGCUGAACGGAAUGGGCUCGGGCAUCUCAUCAACGUCCAAAAUCAUUGUGCUAUCUCCGCCCUCGCGCCCGGACGUCGACGUCGAUUACACCUUUGUCCAAGUUGGCAUCAAGGACGGCAGCCUCGACAUGGCAGGCAACUGCGGAAACUUGUCGUCGGCAGUCGGUCCGAUGAGCCUGGACGAGGGUCUCAUCCCUAACCCUCGACUCGGACAAGACGACAAAGGCCAGACGUUCGCCAUCGUGCGCAUCUUCAACACGAACACGUCCAAAGUUAUCUCAUCGCGCUUCAGAGUCGGCGACGGGAGCCCCUCAAGAUACUCCCCCGACGGCGACUACACCAUGGACGGCGUCCCCGGCACCAACUCACCCAUCACCCUCAGCUUCCUGGAUCCCGCCGGCGCCAAGACGGGCAAGGCCCUCCCCACCGGCAACGCCUGCGACUGGCUCCUCCUCCCAGACGCGAGCACCAUCCAGGCCUCGCUUGUCGACGUCAGCAACCCGGGCGUCUUUGUCCGCGCCGCCGACCUGGGGAUCCCUUCGCCAGAGGACCUCACGCCGCAGGCCGUCGAGGCGGACACCGAGCUCAAGGCCAAGCUGGACGGCAUCCGGCGCGCGGGGGCGUCUCUGAUGGGGCUGAACCCGGACUUGGAGAGCGUGCCCAAGAUCGUGCUGCUCUUCUCCGAGACGCGCUCUCCCGACGUCGAUAUUCGGUGUCUGGCGCUGUCCAUGGGCCAGGCCCACAAAGCCGUGCCGUUGACUCUUGCGCUGUGCCUCGGCGCCGCCAGUCAGUUGCCGGGUACCAUCCCGGCACAACUCGUGAAUGGUCGCUCCAAAGAAUCCGUCGUCAUUGGGCACCCGAGCGGCAAGGUGGAUAUUGGGGCCACGUUUAACAAUGGCGAAAUCGUGUCUGCAGAUCUCCACCGCACAGCUCGUGUCCUGAUGAAGGGUGAGGUGUUCUACUAA